GGGCAAUUUAGUAUAGAGCGUGCAGCUAAGCGAGGCAGUUAGUUUGGAGAGCAACAUACAUAAACAAAAUGAUACAAAUUAUGAACUGGCUAUCCAUGGGCAUUGGCCUCAUACCCUUAAACCGUCAGCAAUCACAGUCGAACUUUGGGCUGGACUAUGCAAUGAUGUUGAUUAUGCCCUGUUUGUAUUUGGCUGCAUAUUUUGGCAUCAAUCUGUUUGAACGUUAUGGCCUGCCCUAUCUGGAUGCCUGCAACAGUGUCUGUCGGUUGAGCAACAAUCUCUUUAUGCAUCUGGGCGCCUUUCUCUAUGUGACCAUCACAUUGCUGAGUCUCUAUCGUCGGAAACAGUUCUUUGUCGAAUUUGAGGCGCAUCUCGCCGAGAUCGAUGUCUACAUUCAAAAAUGCCGUCGGGUUGCCGAAAUGGAUAAGUUGCGAGCCCAGGUGGUUAAGCAUAAGGUUGCCUAUCAUUUCACCUGGCUAUUUAUCUUCAGCGUUUUUGUCUUUGCCCUGUACUACGAUUCCAAGCAUUUGUAUGACACCUUCGGUGAAUAUGCAAUAAUACCAUUUAUGGUGUCAAGCUUUCCAUAUUUGGCUGGCAGUAUUAUUCAAGGGGAAUUCAUCUAUCAUGUGUCUGUCAUUUCGAAUCGCUUUGAGCAAAUAAAUUCGCUAUUCGAGAAGAUUAACAAGGAGGCUCGAAAUCGUCGCGCCCCCCUCACCAUCUUCGACAUUGAGAGCGAGGGCAAGAAGCAGGAGGUGAAGGUAACGUCGGGGGAAAAGGCAGCUGCAACCAAAGCCUUAUUCAGCAAUGAUCCAAAACUAGCGGAUGAAAUGAAAAGACAAAAGGCACAAUUGCCAAAGCAUGACGAUGAGGAGGAGCUAAAUACCAGCGAGGAGGACGACGAUGAUAUUUUUGAUUACAACGAUGCCAUAGUGUGCGAAAACACCGACAACACCUCAGAGGCCAAUUUGCCGGAUCUGUUUAAACUACACGACAAAAUACUCGCGUUGAGCGUCAUAACGAAUGGCGAAUUUGGGCCACAGUGUGUACCCUAUAUGGCGGCCUGUUUUGUGGUCACCAUUUUUGGCAUAUUCCUAGAGACAAAGGUGAAUUUCAUGGUGAGCGGCAAGAGUUACCUGUUGGAUUAUAUGACCUAUUUGUAUGUCAUAUGGAGUCUAACCACAAUGAUUGUCGCCUACAUUGUGUUGCGUCUUUGCUGCAAUACCAACAAUCAUUCAAAGCAAUCGGCGAUGAUCGUGCACGAGAUUAUGCAGAAGAAACCCGCCUUUAUGUUGAGCAAUGAUUUGUUCUACAACAAAAUGAAAUCGUUUACAUUGCAAUUCCUUCACUGGGAGGGUUACUUUCAGUUUAAUGGCAUUGGACUCUUUGCACUCGACUACACAUUCAUAUUCUCUACUGUGAGUGCAGCCACAUCGUACUUGAUUGUCCUGCUGCAGUUUGACAUGACCUCCAUUUUGCGCAGCGAGGGCCUUUUGACCUAAUCAAAUCGUUAUUCAAAUUGAAUAAUGUGUAACACAUUUAAUGUCGAUUUUUCUGUAUUUUUUAUGCAUUUUCCACAAUUUAUACCAUUAUUGCAACACUUUUACAGACACUAUAGAAAAGGUUGAAAUCAAAUGCAAAAUGCUCUUUCAAAUUAAAGCAAUGCAUGU